AUAUUUAAAUUGACCAAUCAGAAUCUCGCAUUUCAAAAUCGCGCUGAAAUCAACAUUUUUGAAAACGAAACCCGACAGAAUGGAGGCGGAAGACAAACGGAAAAGUGAUUAUUUGAAACGCUGGCAGUUAUAUCGGUCAGAGAAAGAUAAACAAGUCAUGGCAAAGCCAUCUUUGAAUUUACGGCGGAAAACCAUAUGCAUCGGGGAAGGGAAAUCUUCAAACCAAGCAGAAGACAAGAUGGAAUGUCAGUCUGGCACGAAAAAUAAUGCAAAAGAGGGAAGUUCUGCUACUGAUAGAAAAGCUUUCACAAAAAAGCACCUCCGUUUCUCAACCAAUUCCAGCAGACUGGAGAAAAGGAAUACCUUGAUGCCAGCAGCAAAGCGCUAUGUUGCUAGCAGGACCGAUUCCAAUUUAACGAAACUCAAAGAGGAGGCGAGGAAAAAACAGAAGAAUGUGGAACCGGCAAUGGAGGCGUGUGAGUACAAACUGAACAACCUGCUUGCAACAUCCCAGAUCUUUGGAACGCCAAACACUGUGCGGGUACCGCCACUGCUCAAGACGGUCACCAAGCGUUGCCUGACUGAGCAGAACGGUAGGGCACCAGCGCAAGAACCGUUAAAGUUGACUACAGAGAAAGAAAACUUGGAACAAGCGCCACCGACCACCACUGGGAAACGGAAGCAUCUUUAUAGAAGCAAAGAGACCAUCAGUUCUUUACGAAAGAAAAAAGCUCGCUCCUCAAUCUCAGUGGUUUCCACCUUGAACAAAACAUCAACAAGCAAAAGACUUAACUUCACCGACAGACACAAGACAACCGGACAGGUGAACUUUUUUCUUAUUCCAUUGCAAUUUAUACACUGUCUUUCUACCUCUAUGCUUGGCUAGCUAUCUGUCUAUCUA